AUGAUUCGUCUGGAACAAAUGGGCGCCCAAGCCAUCCGCAUAGAUUCCUGGUUAAUCAUGCUGUCAGUCUGCAGGCCCUGGUGGAGGCCUAUGGGAAAUGUAGUCCGGCCAAGCCCCAGUCUUUUGGGGGCUCGCAUUUCCGCUUCCGGUGUUUAUGGCUGUCCGAAAGUCCGGACUUGGUGUCUGGCCUCGGGUUGGGGGUGUCGUGUGGGGACUUUGCGUGCCCACAGAGAAGUGAAGCUGGAAGAAGAUUCCCACUGGGAGCAGGAAAUUUUCUUUCAAGGGAGUAUCCCUGGACCAGAGACCUCCUGUCAGCACUUUUGGUAUUUCCACUAUCAAGAAGCAUCAGGACCCCGGGAGGCACUCAUCCAACUCCAGAAGCUCUGUCAUCAGUGGCUGAGACCGGAGAAGUGUACGAAAGAGCAGAUCCUGGAGUUGCUAGUCCUGGAACAGUUCCUGGCUGUCCUUCCCCAGGAGAUCCAGAUCUGGGUUAGACAAAAACAUCCAGAGUGGAGAGGAGGCAGUGGCUCUGGUGGAAGACUUGCAAAAAGAACCUGGAAGACUGGGGCUGCAGGGACAGGAGGUGCUGUCAGAGGAGAAGGAACCCUCAGGAUCGGUACUAGGUCCCCUAAACAUCCAUCUGAAGCAAGCACAGACAGAAUCCAUGUGUCUGUUCCAGGCAGUGGUGAAGAACUCACAGCCAGAACCAGAAGACCAAGUGAACCACAGCCCCAAAGUAAAACUUGGAUCCUUCCACGAGAGCGCCUUUCCAACCCACAGACCCUGUGUGAGCUCCCACAUGGAGCAGGAGGAAAACCCACAGAGCCCCGAUCUUCAGUGCUCCAGAGAGGAGAGUGUGAGACUCCCUGGUGGGUUGGGGAAGAGUCAGGCCUGGCCAGGUGCCCAUCUUGAGAAAAGCCAAGACGGGGGAUGAGCUGGAGUGGCAGGGCCUGGAGGAUGAGAAGGUGGCAGAGGGAUGCACUGGGGCUACGAGGAAACCAGGAUUUUCCUGGGAAUUCUCAGUGAGUCCUGGAUUCAUGAGAAGCUCUGUACGUGCCAUUGGAACCGCCAGGUGUACCGGCUUGUGGCUGAGCGGCUGCGAGAGCGGGGCUUCCUGCGGACCCUGGAGCAGUGUUGUUACCGGUUCAAAAACCUCCAGACCAACUACCACAAAGCUAAGAGGACCCACAUGCUAGGAACCUGCCCCUUCUACAACAAGAUGGAUGCCCUGAUGUGUCCACAGGCCGCCACCUCCAUUCCAGAGGUGGCUGGGGGUCUGCUUGGGCAGAGGUACCGUGAUGUGGAGCAGGAAGAACUGCAGAGGGCUUACUGGGAGCAGGAGGAGGCGAUGCUGGCCAAGGCCGUGUUAGAAGGUGGGUCAGAGAAGCAGGGGUGGAACCAAGGCCAUACAGCAGCAUCUUUAGAAGAAGGGCAUUCAGGAGCCAUAAUGGAGGAUUCUGAGGGGGAAGAACUGGGCACUGAAGAAGCGUCUGGAAGCUCUGGUAUCCCAGCCCUGUUUUGGAGUCCUACUGGUAGGCCCCUGUCACCAGCAAGACGGGAGGGCUCUGGUUGUUAGCAGGGUUUGGGGAGGGCCUCAUCGCAACCAGCUAUUUCAGAGGUACUAUGUGGACUGAAGGCAUAUUAUAAUAGUUUGGAAAGGGCAAGGAAAGACUAUUUUUACACACAAAAGGUGGAGCCCUUUGUUCAUGUGUGUAACUGAGAAAAAGGAAGAACCACUAUAUAAGUAUGAUGAUCAGCAUAAAAAUAAAUAUGCGUGUGCAUAUUGUUGGAUCCAGUCCU